CUCGCAGCCAGCGUUGCCGGACAGCUCGAUCCCGCGUUGCCAACGAAAGCAAAGCCAGCGUUGCCAUCUCACACAAAGCAACAACAAACGGCGCCAAAAAAGCGUAAGCAAACUGGGAAAAAAGUGCGAAAACCAAGGCAUUUCGCUGCGAAAAACGGAGCACAUCACACACACACACGCCGCCAUCAUGAGCAUGAGCAUGGACGAGUCCAUCUGUGCGUACUUCGUGAACAACCAGAAGCCGGGCGAUGCAGGCGGUGGCGGAGCCGUCCAGGAUUUGGACACCCUGGAGCAAUUCGAGGCGGCGCGGGAACUUCUGGGCCAGCAGCUGGCCGAGACCCAAAUCCGGCAGAUAAAGCCCAGCGAGGGCUAUCCCCUGAUAGCCGCCGGCAAGCUGACCAAAAAGGAUGUCUUCGUGCUGGCCCAAUUCGAUGGUGAUUUCUUCGAGCAACUGCAGCAGACGCGGGCCCUGAUCCUGGGACCACCCUGCCUGAUAACAUGCCUGCGCCGCGAUGAGCCCAUACCGCUGGGCAGCAGUGCCAUCUACACCACGGCCAUGCGGGAUCUGCAGGUCUCGGCCACGGGGAUAACGCCCCAGAAGAAGGAGGAGCUGAGCAGACUCAUCCACUGGAUGGGCGGUGCCUACUUCCAGAGUUUCGGCCACCGCACCACCCAUCUCAUAUCGAACACCAUCAAGUCCAGCAAGUACGAGCAGGCCACACUGAACGGCGUGCCCGUGAUGCAUGUCGACUGGGUGCAGUACGUCUGGGACCAGAGUCGACGCAGCCAGCGCGAGGGGAUCAGGGCCACGGAUGCCGACUUUGACAAGUACCGGCUGCCCAUCUUCUUUGGGGCCAACAUCACAUGCAGCGGCCUGGAUGUGGCGCGCAAGGAUCAGGUGAUGCGGCUGGUCAACGAGAAUGGCGGCAUCUACCAUCGUGCCUUUCGCUCCCAGGUGGUGGACAUUGUCAUCACCGACCAAUCGAAGACGGACACCGAGAAGUACAAGGCGGCGGUGCGCUACAAGAAGGAUAUCCUGCUGCCGGAGUGGAUAUUCGAUAGCUCACAACGCGGCUAUGCCCUGCCCACCAAGGACUACGAGGUACGGCCGGGCAAGAAGGCCUCCACCCCGAACAAGAGCACUCGCAUGUCCGCCACGCCCGCGGCGGAUCAGACGCAAUUGUCGGAUCUCUCCAGGAUCAGUUUCGUUUCCGGCUCGCGACGCAUGGGCAGCGAUCUGACCACCGUCAACGAAUCCAUCAGCAGCCUGCCCGGCAAUUCGCCCGCCAAGGAUCUGCUCCGGCAGGCCACCACCACCAGCAGCAGCAGCAGCAGCAGUGGUCGGAGCUAUCAGCAGGUGCUGGCCGAGAUUUGUCCGCGGCAGGCGAAGAAGGCGGGCGCCUUCCUCGACGGCUGCUGCGUGUACUUAAGUGGCUUCCGGCCGGAGGAGCGGGAGAAGCUCAACAGGGUACUGAACACGGGCGGAGCCAUGCGCUACGACGAGGCCAACGAGGGUGUCUCGCACAUCAUUGUGGGCCAACUGGAUGACGGCGAGUAUCGGCAGUGGCAGCGCGACGGUCUCAUGGGUUCGGUGCAUGUGGUGCGGCUGGACUGGCUGCUGGAGAGCAUUCGUGCUGGCCGCGUGGUCAGUGAGCUGGUGCAUCGCGUGUCGCUGCCGCAGAAUCGCGAACCCGAUGUGGCCUCGCCAGCGAGCAAGCGAACGCUGCGCUCCAUGAAUCACAGCUUCAAGCAGCCCACGUUGCCCAUCAAAAAGAAGCUCUUCGAGCAGGAGCCGGAUCACCAGGAGCAGCAGCAGCAGCAGCAGCAACAGCAGGAACAGGAGCAGCAGGAUCAUGACCUCCUGCUCGAUCAGUACUCGCAGGAUCAGGGUGCUGUGGCCCAAUUGCCGCCGGUGGACAUCAGUCUACUCCACCCAGCAGCCAGUUCCACUCAAAUGGAGAUAUGCCAGCGCAAGUCCGUGCUCCCCGAUCCCCAUCCACAUCCACAUCCCCAUCCUCAUCUCAGUUCCAAUCCUGCCGGCGCCGCCGCUCUGCCAUUGCCCGAUCUCAGUGCCAGCUCGCUGGCCAUUGACUACGACAAGCUGGACUACUUUACGGGCAUCUCCGUGUACGUGCACAAGGAGUGCUUCAAUGCGGAGUUUUACAACCAAAUGCUGACCGAGUGUGAGGCUGCCCAGGGUCUGUUGGUCCCCUCGAGCUUCGCGGACGAGGUGGACUUUGCCAUUGUCAGCUUCGAGGUGGCCUUCGACACCGCAGACCUGCCCGUCAAGGCGCGCCAUGUGGUCACCGAGCUGUUCCUCGAGAGCUGCAUGAAGAAGAACGAGCUGCUGCCCCUCGAAUAUUACCACAAACCAGUGCCAGCCACUGCCCUGCGUAUGCCGCUCAAGGGCAUGACCAUUGUGGUGUCCACCUAUGCGGGCUUGGAGCGGGAUUUCAUCAAUGCGACAGCCGAGCUGCUGGGCGCCAGUGUCAACAAGACCUUCAUCAAGAAGGAGAAACCCCUGCUGGUGUGUCCCACGGCCGAGGGCUCCAAGUACGAGGGAGCCAUCAAAUGGCAAUAUCCCGUGGUCACAUCCGACUGGCUGGUGCAGUGCGCCCGCACGGGCCACAAGUUGCCCUAUGCGGCUUAUUUGGUGGGCAAGAGUCCCGAGGAUUUUCCCAUCUCGCCGCGUUUGCGGGAGAGCAAUGCCGUCCGUACGCCCAGAAGACAGGAGGUGACGGUGGCCGCACCAGAGGUCACCAUGCAGCAGGAAGAGGAGGAGGUGGAGAACCAGCCUGCAGCCCCAGAAGUUACGCCACUGCGCAACAAGAGGGUUUCCGAGCUGGCCGGGAUUCCCGGGGGCAGCGCUCGCCAUCGGAACAGCAGCUCCACCACGUCGCCCGAUUCGCCCUGCACGCCACUUAGCCAGGUGGGUGCACCGAACUACAAUCUGGACUUCCUCGAGCAGUUCGUCCAGCGGCUGGACAACGAUGAGGGCAAGGAUUGUGUGCGCCAGAUCAUCCGUGAGAUGCGUGAGAACCAAACACCGGAACUGGAACGCAUACGGCGACAGGCGUGCACACCGGUCAGUCGCAAACAUCCUCGCCCAACACCGGGCAUUCCGGAUUUCUGUCUCACGCCGGAAUUCCAGCAGCGGAUGGCGGAUGAUUUCGAGCGGCGCUGGCGCCUGCCCACCCAGAAAAUCAAGCCCGACACUCCGCUGGCCGUCAUCAGGCAGCGUGUAAUGCGGAUCACAUGCGAAACGCUUGGCAUCGAGUAUGACGAUGUUGAUGCUGAUGCUGAUGCUGAUAAUGAUGUUGGUGGCGCCGGUGGAGGAACAGCACCAGUGGAGGAGCACGAACCGAACAGGUUGCAAAAGAAGAAGCCGCCGGCCAGAAGUCAGGCCACCAAACUGAACUUUGAUAGAUCCCCGAAAACACCCAAGCUAUCGGUGGGCAGGAAGACGCCACUCAGGGUCUCCAUGGGCUCACCCCGUAACCCUGGCACCCAAUCCCCCUUCGUGGCCGGCACACAGAGUCCAGCAGAAGCAUCAUCAGCAGCAGCUACUGCCGCUCCACGCCAAUCCGAAGGAGCCAGCACUCUUAACGAGGAGGGCCAAAGCACCAUUGACUUUGACAAGAUCAGUUUCGAGGAGUCCGCCGCAGCUUCAGUUGCGGUGCCGCCGGAUGUCAAGCAGAUCACGGACUACCUUAAGAACUGCGAGACGCGACGGAACAGCCUGAAGCGAAGCCACGACAGCGACAUGGAGUGUGUGGAGAGCGAGGUGCAAUAUGUGCAGCCCUUUGAGUCCGAGGGCUUCGCCCUGGGCACCGAGGACAUGGUCGACUGGCGCGAUCCCGCCGAGUUCAAUGCGGCCAAGCGGCGAUCGUCGGGCGGUUCGCCCAAGAUGCAGCACAGGGGCACGCCCUGUUUCAGCAUCUCGUGCGGCGACGAUGAUGAGAAGCGAACGGAACUGAUCGAACGGAUCGUCCAGAUGGGCGGCAAGAUGUGCGAGAAUCUGGUGAACUACGAUGAUGCCUGCACCCAUUUGCUAUGCGAGCGUCCGAAUCGCGGCGAGAAGAUGCUGGCCUGCAUUGCCGCUGGCAAAUGGAUCCUCAAUCUGCAGUACAUCGAGCAGUGUCAUGCGCGCGGACACUUCCUGGACGAAUCCCUCUACGAAUGGGGCAAUCCCAAGGCUCUCAAUUUGCCCACUCUGGCGCCGGAGGAGGAACCAAUUGCCGCCGCCGUUCAUCGUUGGCGCACCGAUUUGGAGGCACGCGGUUUGGUUGAGGGGGCCUUCUCCGAUCAUCGCGUAAUCCUCAGCCUGCACGAACGGAGCGGUGUGCCCAUCAGGAAUGUGCUGCGUGCUGGCGGUGCCUGCAUCCUGGAGCCGAGCUCACCGUUCUCCGCCGAUCCCUUGGCCGCCACAGCCACCCAUUGCUUCGUGGACGCCAAGAAGGCGCCGCUGUCGUCCAGGGACAUGGCCCAUCUCCAGCAGAGCGGUGUGCGAGUGCUCAGCCAGAUGUCCAUCAACGCCUAUCUGAUGAACGGCCGGGAUGCCGAUCUCGGCAAGUACGAGCUCAAGUAAUUGGAUAACACACUUAAUGCCGAUCUAAAAUUCAUCACCAAUCACCAUUCUUGUUUAAAUUUUCUCUGUUGUUGCUGUUCCAAAUUGAUACUUUUUAGUUUACGGAAAAGUUGUAAAUUUAAAGCCCUUAGGCUUUUAAAUUUAAAUAUAUAUUAUGAGACAUUCAUUUGUAAUUAUAAUUUUGCAUUUUUUUCUAGUUAAAAUCUAUUUGUUUGAAAACUAUUGAAUAUUUUUUCAAGCAUUAUUUAUAAUCUUUACAUAUAAUA